AUGCGCGCGCUACAAAAGAUCACGACUACCCUCCCACGGGCAACCGCCCUACGAGGCAUGGCCACCCGCCCAGCCACUGUCGACACGCUCCGCGCCCACCACAAAACAUCACCCAGCAGCUCUCCCGCCACCCAACCCAUCAACCACCAACCCUCCAACCAAGGCGUCUUCGGCGCCGAGUGGUCCUCACACUUCAACCGCCCAGAAGACCAACACCGCGACCACAACCGCGCGCGGGCCUCCUGCUACAGCACACAAAUCUACCACGGCCAGGCGCGCCCCUCCGACCGACGAGGAAUCCACUCCGUCGGACAGGACCGGGUGUCAGCCCCUUCCGCAGCAGGCGCCGCCCAAACCUCAGGCCCCGUCACGGGCGCAGGCACGGGCGUGCUGGUGUCGGCGCAGAUGUUCGGCACCGAGGUGAAGGGCAACCCGACCGAGAGCGAGGCCGACGUCGCUGCCGACCGCUCCGACGAAGAUCCCCUGCCCCCCGGGCUGCACCAUACCAUCCGGAUGGGCGCGGGGGAUGCGGCGCCGCUGCCGACGGAGAGCGAGGCCGAUGUGGUGGCGGAUCGGGGAGGGCCCGAGGCGGAUCCGUUGCGGGCGGGGGGAAAGGGGAUGGGGCGGGGUUGA